GGGGCAAAACUAGCUUCCUCGCUCGUUCGGAUACUUCUGCAGGUCGCAAAACCAAUGACACUUCCAGGCAAGCGCCACUCAGCCUCGUCGACUUGGCCUGACGAGGCUCGUUUCGCUAAUUCCUUCCGCACAGAACAGGUGGCUUGGCAGCUUCGGAAGCGAGGAUAAAAUACAAUUUGUCGCUAAGCUGCCUGCGGAUACCCAACGCACCCGCCUUUCUCCUUGUGACAGCCGGAGCCACCUCCUGGUGCCAAUUUGAAUCUUGGAUUGGGUGCUCAGCUGCUGCUGCCUGUUUCCCCACUUCCCCUUGGCGGGGAAGGAUCGGUGGAUGCGGCGCUUGACUGAUGCUGCCUGCCGCUGAACGAUGGAUGGUCCAGGCAAAUGCCGCCGGGAGCCCCCUCCGCGAACCGGGAGCCGCGUCUCCCCUUCGGCUUUCCCGCGUUUCCAUAGAAACGGCGAGAAGCUCUGAACUGCAAAGACCGGGAGUUCGGCCUUGUCGGGUUUGUGGGAAAGAUAGAGUAAUUAUUGAUGACUGAGAUGCCAGAUGGCCUCAAAUGACGAAGAUGCCAUAGCUUGGUACCAAAAGAAGAUUGGAGCCUAUGAUCAACAGAUAUGGGAAAAGUCUAUAGAACAGACUGAGAUGAAGGGCUUCAAAAACAAACCCAAAAAGAAAGGCCGUAUACAGCCUGACCUGAUAGAUGUUGAUUUAAUCAGAGGGUCCACAUUUGCUAAAGCUAAACCUGAAAUCCCUUGGACAUCACUUACAAGAAAGGGCCUUGUUCGGGUUGUGUUCUUCCCAUUUUUUAGCCAGUGGUGGAUACAAGUGACUUCUUGGCGUAUUUUUACAUGGCUGCUUAUGCUCUACCUCCUGCAAGUUGUAGCAAUUGUCUUGUACUACAUGAUGCCAGUUGUGAGUGCAAGUGAAAUUAUUGGACCAUUGUGCCUUAUGCUUCUAAUGGGAACCGUUCACUGUCAAAUAGUAUCAACUCAGUUAACAAAGCCGUCAGGAAUUGAUGGAACCAGUAUUGGCCGGCGAAGGAGAAAAAUCCGCAAAUUAGCAGGUGGUGAUGGGAGUACUGCCUAUUCCUUUGACAAAAUCAGCAGAACAGAGGAGCCUCCGGAGAUCUCAUCCAGGAUCAGCAACUUUUUUGGUUCAGUGUUACACAGAAGGAACAGGGAGGGGAUGAAGGGGGGAAAACGAGUAGCUGAUAAAGGAACUGAAACAGAGCCUAGCAGCAGUACAAAGUGUAGAGCUUCCAGAUCUGAGCAUAGUUUGCAGCGGUCCAAGGAGCCUGGAAUUCUAAUAAGUCUGGCAAAAAGCCAGAGUAAUACCAGAGGCUCCGGGAUUUCUGAUGAGCUGUCAAGUGAGGAAGAAACAGAUUUUGCAAGUCAAAGAAUUUUGCUACGCCGAAGCGUGGAAGGUGCCCCUAGUAUUAAUGAGACUGAAAAUCAGAGCAGGAAGUCUUCUCUUGGUUCUUCUUAUAUUGUUCCAAAUCAGUCAAUAUCACAGGUCAAAGAGGUUGUGAAAUCUAUACAAGAUUCUGACAGUAUAGCUGAAUCGGAACUUGAUGCAACAGUGUUUCAUGAGGAACCCAAAGCACUUUAUAGUAGUGGCUCUCGCAGUGGCAGCAUAUCCCAAAGAGAUUCAGAAAGCACCCGCCAUGACUCUGAAACAGAGGAUAUGCUGUGGGAUGACCUGCUUCAUGGACCUGAGUGCCGCUCUUCCUACACCAGUGACAGCGAGGAAGCCAAAGCAAGAGAUACAAAAGGGAGCAAACGGGAUCUCAAGGAGGACGUUUUCCAGCAGAACCAUCUGUUCUGGCUGCAGAACACAAGCCCUGCUUCUACCAAAGUGAGUGCUCUCAUCUGGGAAGGGAAUGAGUGCAAGAAGGUGGACAUGUCUGUGCUGGAGAUCAGUGGGAUCAUCAUGAGCCGGGUCAAUGCCUAUCAACAAGGAGCUGGAUAUCAGUGGCUGGGAAAUGUUGUUACAAUUGGUUUAGCCUUCCUUCCCUUCCUGUAUCGACUUUUCCACUCAAAAACUUUGGAGCAGUUGUGGUCCCUUUCUGUAAAAGAACUUUUAUAUAUCUUUUGCGGAGCUCCCACAAUUCCCCCUGUUGUUAUACUUGCAAUAAUCAUCUUCCUUGAGCGCCUGUGCCUCACCUGGAUGUUUUUCUUCAUGAUGUGUGUUGCUGAGAGAACAUAUAAACAGCGUUUUCUGUUUGCUAAACUUUUUAGCCACAUUACCUCUGCUCGAAAAGCCAGAAAAUAUGAAAUCCCACACUUCAGACUCAAGAAAGUGGAAAACAUUAAGAUCUGGUUAUCACUUCGCUCCUAUCUGAAGAGGCGAGGCCCACAGCGAUCUGUUGAUGUAGUUGUAUCUUCCAUCUUCUUAUUGGCUCUUUCUAUUGCUUUCAUAUGCUGUGCACAGGUUUUAAAAGGUCACAAAACAUUCUUGAAUGCUGCUUACAACUGGGAAUUCCUUCUCUGGGAAACAGCCCUGCUACUCUUCUUGUUGCGUUUGGCAUCCCUGGGUUCUGAAACCAACAAGAAAUAUAGUAAUAUUUCAAUCCUGCUCACUGAGCAGAUAAAUUUAUAUCUAAAGAUGGAAAAGAAGCCAAAUAAAAAAGAGCAGCUCACUCUAGUGAACAAUGUCCUAAAACUCUCUACCAAGCUCCUGAAGGAAUUAGAUACACCAUUUAGACUGUAUGGCUUGACAAUGAAUCCAUUAAUCUAUAACAUUACACGUGUGGUUAUCCUGUCUGCUGUCUCUGGUGUUAUAAGUGAUUUAUUGGGAUUCAAUAUCAGAUUGUGGAAAAUCAAACCAUGACAAAGAAGAGGCAAACUAAAGCUCCAGUCAAGGACAGAAGAAUUACCAGCAGUGCUACACAAGCUUGGCAGUUGGAGGUGCACUGCUUUUCUAGUUGUGCCAGUCCUCCCAUCAGUACAGAUCUCUGUACUUCAAAUAUUAUUUCAAGACUUCAGAAUAACUUUAUUUUCAAUAAGCCCAUGGCUUCAGAAAUUGUUAAAUAAAUCUUAGUAAAUGAGCUUAUUAAAAUAAAAUCUUUUAAUUGGGCACAGCUCCUAUGAAGCACAGCUGUGUGAACUUUUGUGCGAUAACUGAAAAGUGUUGGGUGAAAAAAAAUUAUUCCAAUUUAUUAUAGUCAUCCAUAGCUGUAAGAGAAAAUAAAUGGACGCUAUGAGCAAUUUAAGUAGAAUGUUCUUUUAAUGAGGUCGCUGAGCUACUUGAUACUUCAGUGCCGAGUUUAGACAGAUGCUUCUUUCUGGGUUGCUGUUGACCUGCAUCAGUUUAAAUGAUUCAAUAUUUUUUUUCUCUGAAUUGCCUUAAGCUUAGAGGCAAAUGCUGCUGUGGGCCUUGCCUAUUGACACUGAUGUGUGUGUUUGUGUGUGAAAUCUACCCCGACAAGUUAAGGAUAUACUGUAUUCUUAAGGCAUUUAAGCAGUUCAGGUUUCAGCUGCUUAGUAACACAUAAACAGUACCACAAGGUGGCUUCCAGUAGGCCUGCCACAAACCAGGAGAGAGAGGACAGUUAAAAAAUAGCAUUCCCCAGAUAACUCAUGUGAACUCACAUAGAACUGAACAAGCAAAGCAAUCUCUCCACGGGAAACUACAGCAAUGUUUAUAUGCUACUAUAGAGAGAACAGAUGCUUACACCAUUAGAAAAGUAAUCAGAAAACCAAAUUUUGGCUGGGAUUCAUUACACCACCCAUUGCUAGCAUUUAGCCCCACAGAA